GUAUUACCGUAUGAGCAUACGGCGCGGUGGGCGCGCGGCCUUCCCAACGAACACUCUCUUUCUUCUUGUGUUUGCGAGACCGUGGCAUCCAUGUUGUAUAGGGUUUGGAUGUGUCAUUCUCGCGUGGACGCGCGAGGCUCUAGGGCUUUAGGAAAGGAGCAACGCAAUAGCAGCGCAGUGCACUGGCGUUGAGGCGCUGGUGUGGAUUAUCGGCGCCUCCCAGCAUUGCGCACCUUUGUCUCCUCGGGAAAAGCUCCAUCGGGCAUAGAUUCUUGUGACAGAUCACGAUCUCCAGCGCUUGUUCCUCCAGUGAUGCAGCUAUAGGUGGUCUCCAAGCAUGGGAUCUGGGGACGCAGCCACGCCGACUAAGACUCCAAAGACAUCCACAGCGCAGGAUCAGCCAUCUCCUCCCGCAACUUACCCCGAGUGGGCAGCGGCUUUUCAGGCUUAUUACAAUAGUGGAACGCCCCCUCCUGGCUAUCAGCCGCAUCCAUAUAUGUGGGGAGCUCAGCCGAUGAUGCCUCCUUACGGGACCCCACCUCCAUAUGGAACCAUGUAUCCGCCCUACGGCAUGCCGCCGGGGCCACAUCCUUAUGGCCAGUAUGGAAUGCCAGCACCGGGAAACGCCACUGAAGGAGCUACAACGGAUACUGAUGGCAAGUCUUCCGACGGCAAGGAGCGAAGUCCCAUGAAAAAGUCGAAGAAUAGUAGCUUAGGUAAUCUCGGAACGCUGAAUAAAGGAGGAGCAGAAGCUGCUGCUAAGACCGCUGCUCCCAACGGUGUAGUGUCACAAAGUGGCGAGAGUGGAAGUGAAGGAUCCAGUGAUGGCAGUGACGAAGAUGGCGACAAGAGGAACUCGGAACAGAUGAAUGCCGAAGGAUCGGCCCCUAGUGCUGGGCAGCCCGGAUACUCUGGACAAGUCGGGAGUGCUUUCGUGUCCCCGGGUAUUCCUUCAAAUCCUGCCGGGGGGAAGGCCAGCGUAGGCACUAGUCUUAACAUGGGGAUGGAUUACUGGGGCUCAACACCCACCGGAAACCAGUCGUCUGGGAAAGGAAAGCGUGGUUCCCAGUCAAUGGUGCCCUUGCCAAGUGGUCAAAUGUUACCUCACGGAAGGGAAGGGGUUCCUCCCGAGCUCUGGCUGCAGGAUGAACGCGAGCUUAAGCGGCAACGAAGGAAGCAAUCAAACAGAGAAUCAGCGAGGCGCUCACGAUUGCGAAAGCAGGCCGAGUGUGAGGAGCUAGCGCAAAGGGUCGAGAGUCUAACCAUGGAAAACAUGAGCUUGCGGCAGGAGCUGGAGCAAGCCAUGGAGGAGCGGAACAAACUAGCGGCUGAGAAUGCAGCUCUUCUCGAGCAACUGCAAAAGGGUGGAGGAGGCAGCCGCGCUAAUCAAAGUCAGGACGUAGGAAACAGCGACGCAGGAAAUCACAUACAGGGCGAUGAAAACGGCAAUACAGAUGCGAAUACGCCGCAUGAAAGGAAUGGAAGGGUGGAAGGCGAGAACUGCGAGACAAUAGGAAAGGCUGCGAUUGAGGCGGCUAGCCGGGGCGAGGCUGUCGCGGCUGCUGGUUAGAUUUGUUGGGGCGGCGGACCUUCGAAGAUCAGAUUCGGACAUCCAAGUGACCGUCUCGAUUAGUAGGAAUUAAUACACAGGUGAGCAGAGGUGAUUUCUAGUCCAAGAGAAGGUUGUUUGAAACUUAGCGUGAUUGACAAAUGAGUGCCCUCCACCGAUUUGCGAGGGGACAUGUAAGUGUUAACCUCGGAAGAGAAAGGUAUUUGGUAUUGCCAAGCAAGAAGAGAUCUGCUUUUAAACACCA